ACUUUUCAAAUGACGCUCGUAGCUUGCUGAUUGCGAAAGGGCUGCUCUUCCUUAUUGUUGGCUGUUUUUUUUUUUUUAUUUUUUUUAUUUUUUUUACUACUUUUACCACAGCAUUGUCUGAGCGCGGCAUAAAGAACAAAUAGACGGGACAGUUAGACUCAUUUAAGGGUUAUUGCCACAACUUUAGGAGUAAGUGGCGUUCAACAUGUGGGCACUUCUUCUGGGAUCAAUGAUGGUUUUAAUGGUCUCAGGUGAUACUGACGUGACUGUCUCAGCCACCUUAGGGGACACGGUCCUUCUGCCAUGCAACUGCUCAGGUGGACGUCUGAAAGAGUUUAAGUGGCAAAAGGAAGACCCUGGCAAACUGAUAUACCAUGAGGGGUUCAAACCCAACUUUAAGGACAGAGCCAAAAUCUUUGUGGAUAAGGACAGUAGUGACUGCUCUCUUCAACUGACCAACAUCACAGCUGAUGACCAGGGAAAAUAUAGAUGUGUAUUUCAUAUUCAGGAGAUAUAUGACCGUCAGUUCAUUGAGCUAAACAUUUCUGCAAACUACCACAUUUGUCAAAAAAAGCUGAAUGGUGAUGCAAGUGAGGGGGUUUUCCAGUGUGAAGUAGAAGGACGCUACAGAGAAGCUAAGAUUCAGUGGUUUUUGGAGGGAAAGCUUCUUACAAAUUCCUCCACAGCUAUAAUCCACAUAUACCCCGUAGUCCCUUAUGCCAAUGGCAGCUACCGUUUCACGAGCAAACUCAUCACUCCCUUCAGUUUGACUUCGGAGCCUAAAUGUGACGUGAAGACCGAAGGCAUAUCUCCUGAUGUUAUCGAGUUCUGCAAAGACACAUCUGAUCACUUGAAAAAACACCCACCACAAUACUCCAUGUUGUGGUUUACAAUCAUCCCCGUCGUAUUGGUACUAUUCAUCCUGGUCUUCUGGUGCCGCCGUCCUCACAAUCAGCAGGAAAUAACACGUAUUGCCAGUUUUGCUCGUCUUGAUUUACAGUCAGUAAAUCUUCAAGGAGGGGAGACUGACAACUGCUAGACAAACAAGGUGAAUUCCAUUUUAAAAAUUGUAAAAACACUAUAUACAUAAAUGUGGUAUCAAACCUGUACAGAUACUUUACACGCUGUGUGGCACUUGCCAGUUAUGGUGUUUUCUAAACUAAACCCUCCUCCCUCUUUUGAGGCUAACUCCACCUAAUGCUUGAUUUUGAAAAAUGCCAAGAAAUUGGCUGAGAGGAGGAGGGAGGGAGGAAGAGUGGGAACCUGUGCAAGAGGUUUGGUCUGAUAGUGAAAUCUUACACAGAGAGGUGUCAAUGUUUAACAUCCCCACCACUAACAAGGAGCUCCAUGAGACAAGUCACUUGAUCACUCACACCAUGCUUCAAGCAGUGGUGAGAGAAAGGCUCCGGUGUUUACAACAGAGUGACUAAAGCUUGUACCAGUGAAGCAAGCAUGGGCUGAGAAAGCAAGUGGCAACAUUUUAAUGCAGUAGCUGGUGUUCGACCAAAGAGGCAGAAGAUAUGCUGAUUUUUGUCACAACAUGUAUAACUUCACCGCACCAAACUGUGAAGAUUUGCAGAUGAAUCAUCAAAUAACACUACUAGACCAUUUGUAUCAUAUUAACUACACAAGUUUAUGAGACCUUUAUCUUAUCAACAAGAUCAGGUAUUUCCUUUGAAACAUUUUCAAAAUAAAUGAAAAUUUUGUUCAAACAAUGCAUAAUCACAAAAAAUAUUAAUUAUAUAACAGUAAAGCGUGUUAAAAAUGUAUGUAUCACAACUGUAUAUUUGAUUUCUCUGAUUUAGAUUUUCUCUUCUCUGAACAUUCAUGUCACAUUUCCGUAACGUAAUUUGCAUCAUGCCUUCAUGCCAAAAUUUGUUUUGAUUUCUAAAAUGAACAUUGUUGUCAGCAAAACAUUGCCAAAAAUGCCCAACGUAUCAAAUGAUAUACAAAAAAUAUCUCACCACAUUUUUUGCACUUUGUUAUAAUAUGUAAAAAAGUGUGUCAGACAGCAGCAGUUAUUAAGUACAGGGUUAAGUCAUUAUACAGUCAACAAGAUGUUUUCUGAUUAAUAUAAUAUAUAACAAGAGUUUCAGAUAUACAGCAACAGUUAUUAUGUACUUAAUGUGAGACAUGGCCACCCUGAACAAAACCACCAUCUGUAAGAUCCAUUUUUUACUCCGUAACUUCCAUAUGUCUUUUAUUAUGACUGAGCUAUAUCAUAAAACUGAGCCAUUCAAUAUGAUUAUUGAACACAUCUGCACAUCAGGUGUUUUUAAAUCAUACAAAUGUAUGUUAUAUCCCUUGCCUAUUCCCACUUACAUAAUUGCGAUAUAUAUGUAGAUUGCAAGUGUUAAGAAAUGAGAAUGAUACUCUCUACUGUUUAUUUUUUGUAGAGGAUCACUGACAGGCCUCUUUGCUCAUACACCAGUAUGACAAAAACAAAAACACGAAAAACCCGCUUAAAGUGAAGCAAGCUGUUCAAAGGGGAAGCACAUUUUGACAAGUCACAGUCAAAAUGGCUGCUGUGCAAUAACAUGUGACUAUGUGAAUGUGGAGAUUGACAGAAUACUAGCUUAAAAUAAUAAUAUCGGUCCUUUCAUAACCUCCUUUUCCCCAACAUGUUUAGACUGGUAAAGGAACGUACACAGGGAACAUUUUUGAAUUUUUUUUUUUUGGCUGGAAAAAGAAAUAUGAGUCACAAGUCAUGAUUCUGCAUUCAAGAAAAUGUUCAUGUCUUACUCACGGUGGGGCAGUAAUCAGCUCCGGCAUUUCACUGAACAUUUUUAUACUGUAUUUGUCAUGAGCCAUAAUAAUACACCUUUUAAAGUAUGUGUCAAACGAAUUUGGUUUCUCCUAUUUCCUGCUGUCAGAUUAAUGGUGAAUAACUGUGAAUAAAUAUCAUGUAAAGGUUUGUUUUAACAAUUAAGAAUAUAAUCAUUUUCUAAGUUUGCAAACACAUUAUUCUCAGGUGGUUCUUCAAGAAACAUAUUUGAUUAUGUCAGCCAGUCACACGAAGAGUGACAGUGGCUAAGCUUUACAUGUCAUGCCACUAUUCAUACAUUUUUAUUUUCAUACAUGUUUUUUUUUUUAUAUCGUGUAUUUUGUUGUUGCAGUAGAGCUGUAAUCUUGCAGGAGUUGUAUGAGUGGGCAAUAAUGUUUAAGUAUUGUCAAAAGCCAUUUAUAUCAGAGGAAAAGUGAUUUGUGUGUGAAAUCCAAAGCACCAGCUUGUUUUUGUUUUCAUUUGUUGAAAAAGUUGUCAUGUACAACUCAGAGGUGCCAGAUGUAGCAUAGAAUAUAUAGAAUAUACAAAAAUAUAACUGUUAUUUUUAAAAAGAAAAGAAAUGCAGGGAAAUGCAAUAUCAACUGUCUUUAAAGCCUUUUGAUUGUUAGAUUUGGGAAUGACUAUAUGUAGUGUAUUUUAUACGUAUUUUCUAUUGCCAAUUUUGGACUUUUGUGUAAAAUAUUUUGUCAAUAAAAUCUUAAAAUCUCUUAAA